AUGGGUGGGAUAUUUAUGGAGCAGGGCUGCACAAUUUCUGUUCCCCAACAGAGCAUGGAGCUUCCCCUGAUACUAAACAUGGGGUUGAUCUUCUUCCUCCUCUGGUCAUCCUCAUACUUGUUGGUGCAAUCCGGGGUUGAUGCCAUGGGAGCUAUUCCAUUCGGAAACGAGACCGACUAUCUAUCACUGCUUGCUUUCAAACAUCAAAUAAUAAGUCAUGAUCCGUCGAAAGCUCUAGGCUCGUGGAACAACACCAUCCAUUUCUGCAAUUGGGAGGGCGUCGCAUGCAGCAGGAAGCACCAGCAGAGGGUCAUCGCCUUGGACCUCAGCUCCUGCGGGUUGGAGGGCUCUCUCUCUCCCUCCAUUGGAAACCUCACCUUCCUUCACCGGCUCGACCUCCAAAACAAUGGUUUCAUCCACGAGAUUCCACCGGAGUUAGGCCGCUUGCGACGCCUAAAACAUCUCAACUUGAGUUUCAAUUCAUUCCAAGGGGUAAUCCAUGUGAACCUGACUUGCUGCUUUGAGCUACUAACUCUUGACUUGUCGAGCAACCAGCUUAAGGGCAAGAUUCCAGUGGACAUUGCCUCCCUUACAAAGCUUGGUGAGCUGCAGCUUGCCAACAACAGCCUUACUGGAUUCAUUCCACCUUCAGUCGGUAACCUGUCAACGCUAAAAAUACUAGACCUCUAUAUCAAUCAUCUGCAUGGUAGCAUUCCGGAGGAGAUUAUCCAGCUUACAAGCCUAGAACAUCUUCAAUUUUCUGUCAAUAAUCUCACAGACUUUGGUCUAGCAAGGUUCAUAUCCAAAGCUACACCUAGCUCCUUGACAGACAAGAGUAGCUCAAUCCGGAUAAGAGGAUCCCUAGGAUAUAUAGCUCCAGAAUAUGGUGCAGGUGGUCAAGUGUCCACUUCUGGUGAUGUUUAUAGUUAUGGAAUCCUUCUUUUAGAGAUGCUCACUGGAAAGAGACCUGUUGAUGAUAUGUUCAAAGAUGGCUUAAGCCUUCGAAAGUUUGUCGAGAUAGCUUUUCCUGACAGAAUUAUCACAAUUGUGGAUCCCCUGAUGCCGCUUGUAGAGAAAGAGAGUAAAACUUAUGAAUGCUUAGCGUCCAUCGCCAAAAUUGGUCUUGCUUGCUCACAUAAAUUAGUGAGAGAAAGACUGAAUAUGAGUGAUGUUGCAACCACCAUGCAUACAAUCAGGGCUGCCUAUCUUGGAACUAGAGUUCAUUAGAAGACAAAUGAAGCUUAUGUAGAAGGUAAAGUCAUAGUAUCUUACCUCUAAUAAUUGUCAAACUAUAAUUUUUAAUCUUCUAGACCUAUUCCUAGUGUUAAACUUCUAUGAGACUUGAGUUGUGAGUUUGUUGUCUAUUGUGUGAUUGUGGCUACAAAGAGUUGGUAAUAAAUAUCACAACUGUGUGUAUCUAU